AUGGCGAACACAGCAUUACAACCCGCAAUACUGAUCAUAUCAGACACUGCGUCCGAGGAUCCGUCGACUGAUAGGGUCGUGGAUGCUCUAACACCACUAUUACUAGCCACAGGCCAAAGUCUCUGGAAAACACCAUUCACCAACAUAGUCCCCGAUAAUAUACUCGAUAUACAAAGGAGCAUAUGUGACUGGACCGACGGGCAAGAUGCCGUGAAUCUAGUGCUCCUCAGUGGUGGCACAGGGUUCACUACUCGAGACAAUACGCCUGAGGCGGUAACUCCUCUCCUGCAUCGGCAUGCCCCUGGACUUGUGCAUGGCAUGUUGGAUUCAUCGUUGAAAGUCACGCCAUUCGCGAUGAUGUCUCGGCCUGUCGCAGGAGUCCGGAAUGGUACACUGAUAGUCACUCUCCCGGGGUCGCCGAAGGGGGCGAAAGAGAACCUUGAGGCCAUUGUAAAGCUUCUUCCUCACGCGUGCAUACAGGCGGCCGGGGCAAACUCCCGACUUCUACACGCUGGCGGCAUGCAGAAACUUGAAGCAGAAGCCGGCAUCACUGCGGAAAAUAAUCAAGGGAGCGGCACCGAGCAUUCCCAUAACCACCAACCGCAACUGGGACAUAGUGAUUGCGGCCGGCAUCACGGAAAUAAGACCGCAAAAUCAAAUGACACGAGCGAGGGGCCAAGCCGACGGAAUCGCCUAUCCCCAUAUCCGAUGCUGUCGGUUGACGAAGCUCUCUGGCGUAUCAGUAACCAUACUCCUGAUCCAGUCAUCGUUGAGGCCCCAGUGACACCUGCCUUGGUUGGAUCCGUGAUUGCUGAGGAUGUCUACGCUGGAGAGGCCGUGCCGGCUUAUCGGGCUAGUACUGUUGAUGGAUAUGCAGUGAUCGCUCCUAACUUGAAUGAAGAUAGUACAACUUCUACUACUAGAGGUACCAAGGGCAUCUUUCCUGUUGCCUCUGUUGCGCACGCAAAUGCUAGUGACAUCGCUCCCCCGUUGGAACGCGGUACCAUCUCGCGUAUCACUACUGGUGCACCACUGCCUCCCAACGCAAACGCGGUGGUUAUGGUUGAAGACACUGUUCUGCAUUCCUCCACACCAGAUGGCACCGAGGAGGCCACGGUGGAAAUCCUAACGGAUGAUAUCAAGCCAAACGAGAACGUACGGCAACCCGGAAGUGACAUUGAAUUGGGCUCAAGGAUCCUUCGAAAGGGCGAUAUUAUCACACCCGUCGGAGGUGAAAUCGGCCUUCUGGCAGCAACCGGCACUAGCACAGUUAAGAUUUAUAAGAAGCCUUGUAUUGGCGUUAUGAGCACAGGAGAUGAGUUAGUCCCGCAUGAUGAUCCCCAGAGACUUCAUGGUGGCCAGAUCCGUGAUUCUAAUCGGCUUUCCCUACUUUCAUGUCUCUCAUCUUGGGGCUUUCCCACCGUUGAUCUGGGUAUCGCCCCUGAUACCCCUGCAGGUGAGCUCGAAGAGCGGCUACGCAAUGCGGUCAAUAAGGAAGAAAACAGCAUCGAUGUAAUUAUCACGACAGGCGGUGUCUCGAUGGGAGAAUUAGAUCUCCUGAAGCCCACCAUCGAGCGUUCCCUUGGCGGCACGGUGCAUUUUGGUCGUGUCGCCAUGAAGCCCGGGAAGCCAACCACAUUUGCCAGCAUCCCCGUCAAGCGGUCACCAUCUCAAACGAACGAUGCACCGAAAACAUGGGGAAAGAAACUCAUCUUCUCGCUACCCGGGAACCCCGCCUCGGCUCUGGUCAGCUUGCAUUUGUUUGUGCUACCCUGUCUGCAUAAGCUCAUGGGGAUGGGCCAGGGAAGGCUUUCCUCGGGGUCCGGCCCAAUACCGGGACUUCCUGUGGUGACGGUGACUCUGAUGCAUCAGUUGCCGUUGAAUCGCGAGCGCACGGAAUAUCAUUGUGCCAUUGUCAGGGCAUCCCAAGCUGAUGGACUGCUGUAUGCUUGUAGCACGGGGGUUAGUGUUACAGGACAGCGGAGCUCGAGGGUUGGGAACCUUGCGCAUGCGAAUGCUCUCUUGGUAUUGAAACCCGGACAGGGAUAUAUUGAAAAGGGAACGCUGGUAGAAGCGUUGAUUAUGGGCCCUAUCCGGUCAGGGGUAUGA